AUGUCAAACCGACGCAGAUCUCUGUAUGUGUGAUGUGGCCAACGAAAACUAUUUUUCCAUUUUUUUACGAGACAAAUAUAGAGAUUUCUAAAUAAAAAAGGAAAAUAAUUGUGAAAAAAGUGAAAUUUAUUGACGAAAAGCAAACGAAAAACGCAAUGCACAAUGUGGAAACUACAAGAGGCAACGAAUUUAUUAAUACGAUUAAUUUUAAUCUUAGUUCUCUCUGCACAACUUUUGGGGUCGACUCUGGCGUUAUCGGACAAAAGAUUAUGUGCAGAUGAAAAUUGUAAAGGAAUAAUUUCUCUGGGUACGGGAAAAAUUAAUUAUCGAGCGGGGGCAGAGGGUAUGGUAUCGUUUAAGAUUAAUGCUCCUAUUCGCAUCAAAUCGAAGAGUGCUGGCAAUGAUCCCUCACUCUGGGGCAUUGAAGUUAAUGGUCGAGAGGGUUAUGCUCCAAAACAACUUAUACGUGAAACAAAAGUUCUAAUUGGAGAGAAAAACCUCAAGUAUAUAGUUGAUGUUAAACCUGUCAAUGCAGUUCCUAUUUUAAGCACUUCGGAAAAGCCAGUGGAACAGGAAAAUAUUGUAGAAACAACCACCACUAAACCUCUGAAUGUAGUACCUUUAGAAUCGACUGAAAAACCUUUAGAAAAUAAUUCCAGUGAAAAUAAUGCUCCCGCAGAAGCACCAGCUGUUGCCACACCUGUUUUGUCAGAAGUUGUGGAUGGUACACAAAUACCAAUAUUUGCCAAUGAAUCAGAUGGUGUUGUGGAAGAGGUAGAUGAAGAUGUUAAACCUCUAAAUAAAUAUGAAGUGGAAGAAGAAAUAUAUGAAGAUGAAAUUGGCGAUUAUGAUGAGGAAGAUGAAGAAGAGGAAUUGCUUUACAAACAGCAGAUGCAAAAGGCACAAGAACAGCUAAAAGAAACUUCAGCAACUGAUAACAAUAAGGAUAUGAAACUAGAAGAAGUAAAUAAUCAUAAUAAUGAAGGCUCUCCACAAGAUUUGAAUCAGGUGAAAGAAAAUCAACUAGAAGCUACACAAGCUGCAAAUGACAAUAACUCCAUAAAAAAUGAUGUAAAGUCUGAAGAUUUAGGGGGAUCUGUAAAGGAAAGUCUUGAAAUUUUAAAUGAUUCACAAGAAAAACAAAAUACAGUCUUGGAUCAACAAUUUGAAAAAGAUCAAUUGAAAGAAGAAAAAUCUGCCGAAACUUUGCCAAUUGCUGAAGUUUUAAAUGAUAGUACAAUAAUUGAAAAAGAAGAAAUUACUAAAAAUGUUGAAAAAGAAGAAAUUAAAAAUGGAGAUAUUAACACAAAUGCACAAACAGAACACAUUUUGCAAGAAUCCUCCAGUUCAGGUUUUGAGAAUCAACUGAAUGCAGAACAAGUGAAUAAUGAUUCAAUCGAAAGUUCACAAAACCCAGAAAAGCUACAGAAUGAUGCCGCUGAUGCUAAUGACACUAUUAACACUGAAAAUUCUCCCCAGAUUACAAAGGAAAUCAAAGAAAACGAAUCAUCUAAUGUUGAUAGUACAGCCAGUGAUAUAAAUAAUGCUACUAAUGAAAAUUUUGUUAAUAAAGAUGAGCUAACUAAUACCGAAGACAAUUUUAAGAUUAACAAUGAACAAGACCUUUCAGAGACAAACAAAAUAUUAGACGUUGUAACAACGAAAGAGCCUUUAUCAAUGCAGGAGGAAGAAAAAAGUAAAACUGAGAACACCAGUCAGCAACAGGAGAUUCAAAAUGAAAAUUCUGCAGAACAAUUGGAAACAGGUAAAAUGCCUGAAGCAGACAAUACGAAUAGUUUGCCUACACAUUAUAAUGACAAUCUAUUGGUGCAACCCACAAAUACAGAAUCUUCCUCAAGUACAGAAUCUCAUGAAAAAGUUGAAGCUACAACUCCACAAUAUUAUUCUGAAGAAAUAUUAACUACAACUCCAACACCUAAUAGCCAAGAAGAAAAGAGCCAAGAGGAAAUUGUAAUAGAAACUAUUAAUCCAACAACCUACAGCCCACACAAUGAUGCCUCUUUAAAUACACCGACAACAGAACCUCAUAAUGAUCAUCAUGAUCAUCAUGGUCAUAAUCAUGAUUAUCAUGACCAUAAUCAUGAUCAUUAUGGCGAUAAUCAAGAUCAUUAUGGUCAAAGUCAUGAUCACAAUCAUAAUCAUAAUCAUUAUGACUACUAUAAACAGGAAGCAACUGAAAUACCUUCAAAUAAUUACGAUCAUCAUCACGAUCAUUACCAUCACACUAAUCAGCAUAUAACAACUGAAAUUCCACCAAGUGACUAUUAUGCCCAACAGUAUGAGUACGCUUCCACUGAAAGUUCAAACCAGAAUAUCGGUACGUUUGAGGAAAUUACAACUGCAAGUUACAAUAAUAUUCCAUCUACCGCAGCUCCUGAAACUGCUAGAGUUUCGAUGAAAAGCGAAGAUAAAGAGGAGGAGGAACAACCGAAAACGUUACCAUCAUCAAUACCACCACCGACUUUUGAGGAAAAUAAAGAAAAUAAGGGAUUAUUUGCUACUAUUAUGGGUACAGUUAAUAAUGUGCUGUCACUCAAUAAGAAAAACAAACAUCAUGAAGAUGAUAAUGAAUUAGAUAGGAUAUUAUAUUCGAAUACCAAUGGUCAUAAACAAAGUUAUGAAGGAUUAAGUGAAGCAGAAAGUUUACAAUAUUGUAAAGAAAUUGGACCCAAUGGCGAUUGUCCUCAAACGCCGGAGCACAAUCAUUAUCAUCCAGAAUCCGAACACCACCACCAUUCUUCGGCAAAAUCCAUCUUUAACAGUGAUUUAACUUUUGAUACUUUCCUAAAAGCUUUAGCUGCCAAAAUUCUUGAGAUCAGCGAAUUAUUAGCCUUUUUAGUUAUAGUGGCAGCAGCUUCGCUGUUCUUUAUUUUUGGCUACUACUGUUUCUGCAAUAGUAGUCGUGAGGGUGCUUUACUCUCAAAACUCAAUCAAUUGGAAAGUAGCCUGCUGGCGUCCCAUAAAGAAAAUGCUAUUUUAAAACAUAAUCUAAUGUCUACACGACAAAAACUAGCCAGUAUAGAAGAUAAUUCAUUUGGUUCCAACGAUAUGGUGGUUUCUUUGAAAAAGGAAUUAGAGGAGGAAUUAAUGGAAAAGGCACGUUUACAGGAGCAAAUAACAGUUUUGCAAAAAGAAUUAGAAAAUGCUGCAGAUGCGGGUAUUGAACUCAACAAAAUUGUAUCAGAAUUGUUGAGCAAUCAGACGGGAGAUGAAAGUAUUAUAAGUAGUGUAGAGGAGUUACAAAAACAACUAAACGAGCAACAAAAUACCAUUUUGGAAAUCAAUGCCAGUUUGGCAGAAAAAAGUCGUGAAAAUAGUGAAUUACAAUUGUUAAUAGCAGAACAAAAUGCUAGAUAUGAAACGGAAUUGGCUAAUGUACAACGUGACAACGAUGAGCUGGAGCAUGAAAAGGGCAAUCUAAUGACUAGAUUGGAGGAGUUGAAAACCGAUUUCGAUAAAGAUAUAACAGCUGCUUUAGAAGGUAAAAAUAUGGAAAUCAAGAGAUUACAAAAUGAAAUUCUAGACUUGAGUAAUAAAUUGGAAAAUGAACAUACUAAAUGGCAGACAAGUGUGGCUAAAAUUGAGGCUUUGGAAGAGUGUUUGAAAAACGUUAGAAAAGAUCCCAAUGUUAAUAUUAGCGAAGUUAUUGAUGUAGCCAAUGUUAAAGCUCAACUUAUAGAAACACAAAAGAAGUACAAGUCUCUAAAGGAACGUUUAGAAAUUGAAUUGGAUCAAAGAAAAUUGGCAGAAAAUCAGUUGGAAGUAAUAACCGCUGAAGUGGAAAAACUAAAACAAGAUUUUAAUCAAUCAGAAAAAGAUAAAUUAGAGGCACAAACAAGACUAGAAGUAUUAUCAAAUUACUUCAAGGAUAAAGAAAAUCAAUUGCAAAAAGAGUUAAGCUUAAAGGAAGCCAUGUGGUUGAAACAACAAGGUGAAACUACCACAACGGUAGAUCGUGUAACUGCCAUGCAAGAGGAAAUACAAUCAUUAAAAUCUCAAAAUGAUUCAUUACGUGCUGAGAUAGAGGCACAAGUAGCAGCUCAUAAAGCCCAAACAGGCACCUUGGAGAAUAGAGCUCAUGAGACCUGGUUAGCGGCACGACAAUCUGACAGACGUUAUGAAGAAGCUAGAGCUGAAGCCACGGCCUUAAGGCGUCAAUUAACUGCCUUGGCUGGUGGUAAUGUCAAUGAAGCCAAUAAAGCCCCAGCUGGUCCUGUAGUUUUAGGUGAUGAAUUAACUCAAGCACCCUCACCCAUACAUAUGGAAUCACCGGGUUCACCCAUGUUGGGUAGAAUGCCACCACCACCAUUUCUGCCACCACCUUUUAUGGGACCACCACCACCCUUUAUGGGUAUGCCACCACCACCUCCAUUUGUGCCACCCGGUGAAAUGCGUCCAGCACCAUUGGGACGCAUUAUGUCGCCACCGCCACAACGUUCGGGUCGUUUCUCACCUCAGCACCUAGACUAUGAAGAUUAUUUGGAUUAUGAGGGUGGUAAUAAUACAUGGCAUCGUUACACAUACUCACCACCACCACGUACAUAUCGUUCACUCUCUCCCACUGAUAGUCGCUACAACUAUGGUACUGAGCGUGAUUUAAUGUCAACCUAUGAUACAGAAACAGACUUUAGUCCACCUCCCAGUCCCCGAGAGUCUAGAAGGCGAGGUGGCCAUAGCAGUGAGAGAAUCGAUCAUAGUAGUAGUAGUAAAAGUCCUUAUGGUAAUACAAAAAAAUUCAACUCAUCCCAUAAAGGACCCUUAAGUUCUGGUUCAGAAAAAUCUUUUAAUACUUCUUCUCAUCAUGAUAAUAAAACCAAAAAAGGCACCUCUAGUAGUGGUGGUGUUGGUGGUGGCGGUAAAAACUUAGUAUGAUUUAUUGUUGUUGAACAAUUAAGUCACAACAAAACUACCUUUAAAACAAUUCCAUUUUAAACGCAUUAAGCCAAUGACAAAGUCUGAAAGUGUGUGAGUCUAGCGUAUGCCGUGUCUGCCGUUCAUUGUUAAUUGUGUAGUUAAUAUGUUUUUUUUAAAUUUACCUAAUCAACUACUAAAAAAAUACAUACAAAAAAUAUAUAUUUAGUUGAAAA